AGCGCGCGUCAUGUGCUGCGAGGCUCGGCCGGGGAUUUGGGGACGGGCGCUCGUGCAGUGUUAAAUUGAUCAGGCUCUCAUUACUGCUCAGCCUGCCAGCUCUUCGGAGGCGCUCCAUCUCUCUCUUUCUCUCUGUCCCGGGAUUGUCUUUCGGCUCGGAGAUACCCAGCCCGGCACGGCCGAGCCGAACACGCAGCGCAGCGCAGCAGCGGCGGCUCAGAGGAGGAGGGGGGGGGGGUGUGCGCGUGUGUGUGGAGGAGUCCGAGCAUGCGGGACUCGCGCGGGCUUGCGGUUCCUCUGUAGCGCCCCGAGCUGCCCUCGAGCUGUCGCGACCGGCCGUGUGGGUCUCCGCUCGCCGCCGGCUGGACUGACGAUGUCCCAGCUCCGGCUCCUCGAGCCCCGCGGACCGCGUCUCUGCCGGAUGUCCCCGCUGGCUUGGGAGAUCAGAUGAUGGGAAUGACAGCGAGGAUGUUGCCUUGUUUUUGAGGAGAGAAAAAAAAAAACCCGAAAAGAUCCACCGCGUCUUUUUUUAAAAAAUAAAGUAGAUAUACAGCAACGAGCAAAAAGGCUGCGAUAGCAGAAUUCCGCCGAGCCCGAGCCCGAGCCCGAGCCUCCCGCCCGGCGCGUAGUCACAGAUGUCGGUGUCUCGGGGAGUGCUCGCGGAGCUGGGAGGAAGCAGGUCGCUGGACUGUGUCAAACAUUGCGGAUCUGGCAAAAAAUAAAUAAUUAAAGUGUUUUUGUAUAGUCAAGCCUCGGAUGGUUUUUUUUGUUUUUUGUUUUUUUUUUUAAAAAAAACCACAUUCGAAUCGAAGAUGCACAGCUGAAGCCACGAAAAUCCAGUCGUUCCCCUCCUGUCGACUCCGGCGUGUAAUUGGGGGCUGAUGCGGGGGUCCUGCGCCCGGAGCCCUCAGGGUAAAUCUGCGGAAUCCGAGCAGCGCCUGCGGGGCACCGAGAGCGGUGGGGAGGCUUCGCCGGGAGGACGUGGGGGAUAUCCGAUCUAAGAGCGGGGCAUAGGAGCGCGCAGUUUGCUUCGAGUGCUUGAGCCGCGAGGCGGGGGAGCGCGGAGGGACCCAGGCGCACACGCGACCCGCCAGCUCGCGCCGAACCCCUGGUGUGGAGCACGGUGGCCGAUGGGCCGUGAUGUGGCAGUGCUGCUCCGUAUAUUCGCCUUCUCUGCUGCUGCGUAACGACUGGCGCUUGGCGUCGUUAGAAUGGCUCGGUUCGGAGACGAGGUGCCGUCCAGGUAUGGCGGAGGACCCGGCCAGGGGGGACCCGGACGCGGGGGCAGCAGGCAGGGGGGCCCGCCCGGAGCCCAGAGGAUGUACAAGCAGUCCAUGGCCCAGCGCGCCCGGACCAUGGCCCUGUACAACCCCAUCCCGGUCCGGCAGAACUGCUUCACCGUCAACCGCUCCCUGUUUCUCUUCAGCGAGGACAACGUGGUGAGAAAAUACGCCAAAAAGAUUACUGAAUGGCCUCCUUUUGAAUACAUGAUCUUAGCUACCAUCAUUGCCAACUGCAUCGUCCUGGCUCUGGAGCAGCACCUGCCUGACGGGGACAAGACCCCAAUGUCAGAACGCCUGGUGAGGCGGAUCCGGUUCGGUCCGGCGCGCAGCUGGGUGGGGAGAGAGCUGCAGGCUGGCAGCUGGUGCUGCUCCUCUGCCUGGCAGGAAGGAGAUUGGCAACUUGGCUCUUUGGCCUGUGAGGAACUACAGUCCAGCUCCUCGCAGGGCCUGGGCCUUUCCGUCCGCGUCUCCUCCCAGCGUCUUGGCUCUGUCCCAUCCCUGCUGGGGUUCCUGUCCCUGGUACCGGAGAACCCGGCAGUUGGGUCGGACAGUGGGCAGGAGGAGCAGGGCUGGCCGGAGAGGCCAGGGCAGACCGACCGCCCAGUGUGCAGCCUGGCCCGGCCCAGAUUCAGCCCUCGGCCACGUGGUAUCCUGGCAACAGCUGGUGCAGAAUUUGACCUGAGGACCCUGCGAGCUGUGAGAGUCCUGAGACCCCUGAAACUGGUGUCAGGGAUCCCCAGUCUUCAGGUGGUGCUGAAGUCGAUAAUGAAAGCCAUGAUCCCCCUGCUGCAGAUCGGCCUGCUGCUCUUCUUCGCCAUCCUCAUGUUUGCCAUCAUCGGCCUGGAGUUCUACAUGGGCAAGUUCCACAAGACCUGCUUCGACAACAUCACCGGUGAGAUCCGGGAGGAAUUCCCCUGUGGAAAGGAAUCUCCUGCACGACUGUGUCCGAACGGAACAGAGUGCAGGGAGUACUGGAUCGGUCCCAAUUAUGGCAUCACUCAGUUUGACAACAUCCUGUUCGCAGUGCUGACUGUGUUCCAGUGCAUUACAAUGGAGGGCUGGACAGACCUGCUGUACUAUAGCAAUGAUGCCGCAGGAAGUGCCUGGAACUGGCUUUACUUCAUCCCCCUCAUCAUCAUCGGCUCCUUCUUCAUGCUGAACCUGGUGCUGGGUGUGCUGUCUGGGGAGUUUGCCAAGGAGAGGGAGCGGGUGGAGAACCGCAGUGAGUUCCUCAAGCUGAGAAGGCAGCAGCAGAUUGAGAGGGAGCUGAAUGGCUACUUGGAGUGGAUCUGUAAAGCAGAAGAAGUGAUCCUGGCGGAGGAUGAGAAUGAUUCGGACGACCGGAUGCCCUUCGAUGGAUCCCGGAGGAGAGCCACCAUUAAGAAGAGUAAGACGGACCUGUUGAAUCCAGAGGAGGGCGAGGACCACCUGGGGGACAUCGCCUCUGUGGGCUCGCCCUUCGCCCGUGCCAGUAUAAAGAGCGCUAAGCUGGAGGGCUCUUCGUUUCACAAGAGGGAGCGUCGGCUACGUUUCUUCAUCCGCCACAUUGUCAAGACUCAGGCCUUCUACUGGACUGUGCUCAGCCUGGUGGCUCUCAACACGCUAUGUGUGGCCAUCGUGCACUACAACCAGUCUAAGCUGCUGUCCGACUUCCUCUACUUUGCGGAGUUCAUUUUCCUGGGACUCUUCAUGUCAGAGAUGUUUAUAAAGAUGUAUGGUCUGGGGACCAGGCCUUACUUCCACUCAUCGUUCAACUGCUUUGACUGUGCGGUCAUCGUUGGCAGCAUUUUUGAGGUGAUCUGGGCCGUGGUGAAGCCAGGGACCUCCUUUGGGAUCAGUGUCUUACGAGCUCUCAGGUUAUUAAGGAUCUUCAAAGUCACCAAGUACUGGGCCUCCCUGAGGAACCUGGUGGUGUCUCUGCUCAACUCCAUGAAGUCCAUCAUCAGCCUGCUGUUCCUGCUCUUCCUCUUCAUCGUCGUCUUCGCCCUGCUGGGCAUGCAGCUCUUCGGGGGGCAGUUCAAUUUUGACACCGGCACACCUCCAACCAACUUUGACACCUUUCCUGCAGCAAUAAUGACAGUGUUCCAGAUCCUGACGGGAGAGGACUGGAAUGCUGUGAUGUACGACGGGAUUGAGUCUCAGGGCGGAGUGAACUCAGGAAUGGUCUUCUCCAUCUACUUCAUCGUGCUCACACUCUUUGGAAACUACACCCUGCUCAAUGUGUUCCUGGCCAUCGCCGUCGACAACCUGGCCAAUGCACAGGAGCUCACUAAGGACGGAGGGGGCGGCGACUGCGAGCAGCCGGACCUGGCCGAGAGGAGGAGGCGCCAUCGCCACGGCGCCCAGUCCACCAUGGACAGCGACGGCCGCCGGGACGGGGAGAGGGAUCGCCGGCACCGGAGGAGGAAGGAGGGGCUGGGCAACGGGCCGGCGUCCGGCCCCAGCCUGUCCACCACGCGGCCCAUCCAGCGGCAGGACAGCCAGCACAGCGAGCACAUCGACAACAUGAAGAACAGCCAGCUGGCCACGCAGCCCCCCGCCGCCCGCAACCACGCCAACCACAGCCCCUCCAACGUGCCCAGCCCCGCCAAGCCCGCCAACCACGCCAACCCACCCCCCUGCUCCGCCCUGCCCAACACCCACAACGCCCUCAACCGCAAGACGCCCAACAGCCCGCAGCCCCCGGCCGGCAGCCCGGGCAAGACGCCCGAGAGCAGCCUGAUCCUCACCAACCCCCCCUCCACGCCCAGCGGCGCGCCCAAGAGCAGCGCCAAGAAGCCGGAGCACACGGCGGUGAACAUGCCGCCUGUCUUCCCCAGCGAGAACGCCACGCUGCAGGAGAAUAAGAAUGCCAACACGGAGCCCCUCCCGAAGAAGGAGGAGGAGAAGAAGGAGGAGGAAGAGGACGAUGAGAAAGGAGGGGAAGAUGGACCCAAGCCCAUGCCACCUUACAGCUCCAUGUUCAUCCUGUCCACCACCAACCCGUGCCCCAGGGUUACAGCGGUGCCCCCUGCCUGUGAGCCUGGUACCUGCCUCCCCCCUCCUUCCCCUGUCUCCGUGCUGUAUGUGGACUGGGAUCUGCUGGCUAUGGAGGACCAGGGGCCCAGGGGGACAGGGGAGCUGGCCGGAGAGACGAGUCUGGACAGUAACAGGUUUGGUCCAAGGCCAAUCGAUUCGUCCCCAAGCUCAACCCACGAGAGCCACCUCCGUCUGGAGCUCAGCGGACCGUGCCAGGGUGCUGAGGAGCUGCCGAACAGUCGGAUCCGAUUCGCUGCUGAGGCUGCGAUUGUCAUUCUAGGCUGGGGACAGAGAGCCCAGCAGCAGGGGACUGCCUUCCACACACAGGCCUGUCUCUCUUUCUCUCUGUCUCUCUCAUGUCAAUGUGUUUCCUCCCCUCCUCUCUCUCUCUCUCUCUCUCUCUCGCUGUCACUGACCCUCUCUCAUCUGUCUCCGCCUGGUCACCCACACAGGAGCAGCACGCGGGGGAGCAGCAAGGGGAAGGACAUCAACACCAUCAAGUCCCUGCGUGUCCUGCGAGUGCUGAGGCCACUCAAGACCAUCAAGCGCCUGCCCAAGCUGAAGGCGGUGUUUGACUGCGUGGUGAACUCCCUGAAGAAUGUGCUCAACAUCCUCAUCGUCUACAUGCUCUUCAUGUUCAUCUUCGCCGUGGUGGCUGUGCAGCUCUUCAAGGGCCGCUUCUUCUACUGCACCGACGAGUCCAAGGAGUUCGAGCAUGACUGCAGGGGGGAGUACCUGGUGUACGAGCGGGACAACGAGGUGAAGGCGCAGAGCCGCGAGUGGAAGAAGUACCAGUUCCACUACGACAACGUUCUUUGGGCUCUGCUCACGCUCUUCACCGUCUCCACCGGCGAGGGCUGGCCUCAAGUGCUGAAACACUCAGUGGACGCAACUUAUGAGAACCAGGGUCCCAGUCCGGGGUACCGGAUGGAGAUGUCCAUCUUCUACGUGGUCUACUUCGUGGUGUUCCCCUUCUUCUUCGUCAACAUCUUUGUGGCCCUCAUCAUCAUCACCUUCCAGGAGCAGGGAGACAAGAUGAUGGAGGACUACAGCCUGGAGAAGAAUGAGAGAGCCUGUAUUGACUUUGCCAUCAGCGCCAAGCCCCUGACCCGCCACAUGCCGCAGAACAAGCAGAGCUUCCAGUACCGCAUGUGGCAGUUCGUGGUCUCGCCGCCCUUCGAGUACACCAUCAUGGCCAUGAUCGCGCUCAACACCAUCGUGCUGAUGAUGAAGUACAAUGGCGCCUCUUUGACCUACGAGUCAGUGCUGAAGAACCUGAACAUCGUGUUCACCACCCUGUUCUCCAUGGAGUGCCUGCUGAAGAUCAUUGCGUUCGGGAUCCUGAACUAUUUUCGGGACGCCUGGAAUAUUUUUGAUUUUGUGACAGUCCUGGGCAGCAUCACAGACAUUUUAGUGACUGAGCUCGGGAACAACUUCAUCAACCUGAGCUUCCUGCGGCUGUUCCGGGCCGCGCGCCUCAUCAAGCUGCUGCGCCAGGGCUACACCAUCCGCAUCCUGCUCUGGACGUUCGUGCAGUCCUUCAAGGCCCUGCCCUAUGUCUGCCUGCUUAUCGCCAUGCUGUUCUUCAUCUACGCCAUCAUCGGGAUGCAGGUGUUCGGGAAUAUUGCAAUUGAUGAAGAGGAUGAAGAAAGCGCCAUCAACCAGCACAACAACUUCAGGACCUUCUUCCAGGCUCUCAUGCUGCUCUUCAGGAGUGCCACGGGUGAGGCCUGGCAUGACAUCAUGCUGUCCUGCCUGGGCGGCAAGCCGUGUGACCCCCGCUCUGGCAUCCAGGCGGAUGAGUGUGGGAACGAGUUUGCCUAUUUCUACUUCGUCUCCUUCAUCUUCCUCUGCUCCUUCCUGAUGCUGAACCUGUUCGUGGCCGUCAUCAUGGACAACUUCGAGUACCUGACCCGGGACUCCUCCAUCCUGGGGCCCCACCACCUGGACGAGUACGUCAGGGUGUGGGCAGAGUACGACCCUGCAGCCUGCGGGCGAAUUCAUUAUAAGGAUAUGUACAGUUUAUUGCGUGUUAUCUCCCCCCCUCUGGGCUUAGGCAAGAAAUGUCCUCAUAGGGUGGCCUGCAAGGAGAUGUCAGCCAUCUGGCCCAACCUGUCACAGAAGACCCUGGAUCUGCUUGUCACUCCUCACAAGUCGACGGACCUGACUGUGGGGAAGAUCUACGCGGCCAUGAUGAUCAUGGAGUACUACCGGCAGAGCAAGGCCAAAAAGCUGCAGGCUCUCCGGGAGGAGCAGAAUCGAACGCCAUUAAUGUUUCAGCGCAUGGAGCCCCCUUCCCCACCCCAGGACGCUGGGCAGGGAGUCAACAGUCUGCCAGAACCACAGCAAGACCCCUCCGGCAACCUCCCCCAGCAAGGGGGGAUGACGGAGAGCCAGUCGUGGGUGACAGCCAGGGCGCAAGAAAUGUUCCAGAAGGCAGGAAGCUGGAGCCCGGAGAGGCCUCAUCCUGACGACGUGCACAACAGCCGGCACAACCCGCAGUCGGUAGAGAUGAGGCAGAUGGGGCGCGACGUGCUCUCCGACACUGAGCGCCGCCCCCCAGUGGAAGGGCACGGGAGGGCAGCUUCCAUGCCGCGACUUCCUGCAGACAACCAAGUGAGCACCUUCAUCCUCUCGCACCCGCAUCCCUCCUCCUCCUCCUCCUCCUCCUCCCCAGCUCGGCUCGGCACGGACCUCAGCACCACGACGCAGUCCGGCGACCUGCCGCCCAAGGAGAAGGAGCGGGAGCGCGAGCGCGAGCGGGAGCGCGGCCGGCCCAAGGACCGCCGGCACCACCACCACCACCACCACCACCACGGCUCGCUGGAGGAGGAGCGCUGCGGCCCUGAGCGGCCCGAGCACGGCCACAGGACACGGGACCGGCGCUGGUCGCGCUCGCCCAGCGAGGGCCGGGACUGCCGGCCACACAGACAGGUGGGCCCCUCCCUCCAGGCACACCGGGCAUGGGGACGUGGGGACACUGGGACACUGGCCCACGGUCACGGGGACACUGGCACACUGGUCACAAGGACAUGGGGACACUAGCACUGGCACACCGGUCACAGGGACACUGGCACACUGGCUCACUAGUUCUGGUACACUGGCCCACGGUACUCUGGCACACCAGCACACUGGCACACUGGUAUACCAGGGUCAGGACAUUAUUACACGUGCACAUGGGACAUUGGCACACUGGUACACUGGCACACAAGGCACAGCAGUACACUGGCACUGGCAUACUCACACACUGGUACCCUUUAUGGGGGCUUCAGGUGGAUCAAACAGUGCCAGGGGGUGUUUGGAGAUCUGACUUAGGGUAUUAGUGGAUUUCAUUGAGCAGCAGGCAGCACCACUGAUUUUGGGUAGAUGCAAUGCUGUCA